AUUAAAAGUUAUUAUAUUAAAAAACCUUCACCAACUUUAAUUGCUUUUCCCUCUUCUUUCCCUUUUCUCUUAUCAACUCAUUUUCCCUCUCUCUCCUCAUCUUCCCAACUCCACCUGAUCAUGGGUAACUGCAACGCUUGUAUCAGACCCGAAGAACUUUCCAAACAAACGCCCAAACCCAAAAAGAAACUAACCCGACCCAACCCAUACUCCACAAACCACCAUCAACCCGCCCCAGUCCGUGUCCUUAAAGACAUAAUCCCCGCCGUCGGCCCGCGUAUAACCGAUAAAUACAUAAUAGGCCGCGAAUUGGGCCGCGGCGAAUUCGGGGUUACAUACUUAUGCACAGACCGUGAAACAAAAGACCGGCUCGCUGUAAAAUCGAUUUCCAAAAGAAAGCUUCGAACUGCCAUUGAUGUAGAAGAUGUAAGAAGAGAAGUAGCUAUUAUGUCUACUCUUCCGGUUCAUUCAAAUAUAGUCCGGCUUAAAGCGGUUUAUGAAGAUAAUGAAGCGGUUCAUUUAGUUAUGGAGUUGUGUGAAGGUGGUGAAUUGUUUGAUAGGAUUGUUGCUCGUGGACAUUAUUCGGAACGGGCGGCGGCUACGGUUGCGAAAACGGUUGCAGAAGUUGUUAAAAUGUGUCAUGAUAAUGGUGUUAUGCAUAGAGAUUUGAAACCGGAGAAUUUUUUGUUUGCUAAUAAGAAGGAAAAUUCUGCUCUUAAAGCUAUUGAUUUUGGUCUCUCUGUUUUCUUUCGUCCUGGGGAAAGGUUCACAGAAAUAGUAGGGAGCCCAUAUUACAUGGCCCCAGAAGUACUAAGGAGGAAUUAUGGGCCUGAGGUGGAUGUGUGGAGUGCAGGAGUUAUAUUGUACAUCCUCCUUUGUGGGGUUCCUCCUUUUUGGGCAGAAACUGAGCAAGGUGUGGCUUUGGCGAUUUUGCGGGGGGUUAUUGAUUUUAAGAGGGAGCCUUGGCCUCAAAUAUCUGAAAGUGCCAAGAGCCUUGUCAAACAGAUGUUGGAUCCAGACCCUAACAAGAGAUUGACUGCUCAACAAGUUCUUGAACACCCUUGGAUACAGAAUGCUAAGAAAGCUCCAAAUGUUCCGUUGGGAGAUAUCGUUAGGACAAGACUCAAGCAGUUUGCUGGCAUGAAUAGAUUCAAAAAGAAGGCUCUAAGGGUCAUAGCUGAACAUUUAUCAGUUGAAGAGGUAGAAAUAAUCAAAGAUAUGUUUAUGUUGAUGGAUACUGACCGCGAUGGAAAAAUAACAUUCGAAGAAUUAAGGGCUGGUCUCCGAAAGGUUGGUUCCCAGCUUGCUGAACCAGAGAUAAAGCUCCUUAUGGACGUCGCUGAUGUAGAUGGGAACGGUUACUUGGACUACGGUGAGUUUGUAGCAGUUACGAUUCACUUGCAGAAAAUGGAAAACGAUGAGCAUUUCCAUCGAGCGUUCAUGUACUUUGACAAAGACGGAAGUGGUUACAUCGAGUUAGAUGAGCUUCGAGAUGCCUUGGCUGACGAAUCAGCUGAGACAGAAUCUGAUGUUCUAACUGAGAUCAUGCGCGAAGUUGAUACCGACAAGGAUGGUAGGAUAAGUUACGAGGAAUUCGUAGCAAUGAUGAAAACCGGGACUGAUUGGAGAAAGGCUUCAAGGCAAUACUCAAGAGAAAGAUUCAAGAGUUUGAGUCUUAACUUAAUGAAAGAUGGUUCAUUACAGCUUCAUGAUGGGAUGACUGGCCAAGCUGUAGUGGUUUAAGAACGGUUAUUCUUGUGAUAGACUGUGUCAUGGUGAGACGACCUUAAAAAGAAGUUCAUAAGUUAUAAUUUUCAAAUAUUAGGCUAUUGAAUUCAAAUAUGGAACAUGUCUCACGGUGAAACUGACUCAUACAGGAAUAUGUGGUUUGUUAUAGCAGCUUCUGACUAAUGAAAAGGGGGAGAACUAACUUGGACGCUGCUGAAAUUGAGAUUUGCAUUUACUUCUGUUUUUUUAUUCACAUUUUGCACUUAAAUUUACUUUUCCAAUUGUACUCCAAUUUUCUUGUACAUUUCUUUAUUUUUUUUGCUUGGUUUCUUGUCGAUAUUUCAAAUAUAGGAUACUACUUUAUGUAUAGAGAGAUUCAAGGUUCUUUUUGGAGUAUAACUUGUAUUUAUAAUUGUCUAUUGUUGAAUUGUAAUUGUCAAUUAAAACAUUGUAUCGCCAUUAGUUUGUGGAACGUGUAACAUGACGUAUGAAUUGUAAGCGUUAUUUAAAUAGAUUGUAUUGAUAUUGAUAGUUGUAAAAGUUAACCAACACAAACUGAUGUAAUUGUGAACACUUAUGGUUUGUCUGAUAAUCAAUAUUAAAUGGUGAGAAUGAGAAUGAAUUAUAGUGUAAA